AUGGCGUUUGUGCGCAGGUUAGCGAUUCUCCCAGGUGGUUUAGGCGGCCUUGGAUCCAGCAUAGGCAAGAAACUACAACAACAAGGCGCCCGUCUCGCAAUCCUCUACGCGCCAUUCGAAGCGUCACGCCGAGAUCAACUCCUCGAAUCCGGGUAUGGCAGCGGCACGAAUAUCAAUGAAAUCCACACAUACGAGUGCGACAUUACCUCGCCAGACUCAGUCCAAUCCGCCUUUUCCUCAUUACACAAAGACCUCGUGGAACCUCACUCUUCACCCUUAUCCGAGAGAGUAUUCCCCAGCAUCCUCAUCAACACAGCUGGCUACGUAUCCCUAAGCGACAUGGAAUGCACCCCACCGCAAGAAACAAUGAAACAUCUCACCACCAAUAUCCUCGGCCCAAUGCUCUGUUCCCAAGCCUUUGCGAACAUGUACUUCUCGGCAGCUGAGUCCUCACCUACCCCUUCUCCUCCCCCUCCGGGUAGAAUCGUUAGUAUAUCCAGUCAAGCCGCGCAUGCGGCGCUACAUCGUCAUGGAGCGUAUUGUGCUUCCAAGGCGGGAUUGAUGGGGUUGACGCGGAGUAUGGCGUCGGAGUGGGCUGGACGGGGAAUCACGGCGAAUACGGUCUCGCCAACGGUGGCGUGGACGGAUUUGGGGAGGAAGGCUUGGGGCGAGGAGAAGGUGCGAGAGGCAUUUUUAAAGACGAUUCCUACGGGGAAGUUUGCGCUUCCUGGGGAGGUUGCUGAUGCGGUGGUUUUUCUUUGUCAGGAUUCGAGUGGGAUGAUUAAUGGUGCGGAUAUUCGAGUUGAUGGGGGAUUUACUAUCAGGUAA